UUAGUUACACAAAAGAAUGAGUUUUAAUAGCGAUGCUUUUUGUUAUUAGAAAUGGACUAGAGACGUACAAUUUAUGUUGUCGUGAUCAUUUGUAUUUACCGCAAUGCACCGUAUGAAAUGAGCAUUCGAUUAGAGAACACGCCAAAUGCAAACGAACGAACUUUUGUGCAGGAUCCUGAUGUCGAGUAUACCUUCGUCAAAUUUGUCUCCAGAACCGCUCUCUCUAGAAGUUCGUGUUGUGCUCCAUUGGUUCAUACUGUGGUCGACUGAGCAGCGUUCCAAAUUCCUGAAUCAUCUCAGAGGCUUCUACGUACCGAGAUCACCUGCAUUAGAACUGUGCGAAAAGCUAGACCUUCUGUGGACUACAUCGGAAUCUUCUGACACAUUUCAGUGCCAGAUGCAGCAUCGCGGGGUCUUGACGCCUCAAUCACAACUCCUCUAUGUCGUGCAAUGGCUUGGUGAAUUUAGCGAAAUCGAAAAGGAUGACUUCCUGCAAGAACUGCUUGAGCUCUACGCACCUGGUCAGCUGCCGGUCGGCCAAGUUCUAAAAAGGGCCAAGUUUGAAGAUCGACCUCCAAGUCUGUUCCAGUGUCGGAUGGAUCUUCUCAAAGAAUGGUACGAAUCGUGGAGUUCUGAGGGUGAGAAAGAGGAACUAUUAUUUCGGAUCAGCGAAGCCGAUUCCGAGUUCUUCGAGCGUUUUGACAAAUCUCGUUUACUUCCGAACGAAGAGAAGGUGGUAGAGGAGUUUUGGAUCCGAAACGGAAGCUGCAAUGGCAAAGUCGAUGAUAUUGCAAGUUAUAACGGACAUGCGGCACCUGACAGCGAAAAAAAGCCCGUCGAAGAAGACAAUUUCGAGCAGCAGCCUAUGAUUUAUGCACCCGCUACCUAUCGGCUCGAACAUGAUCAGCUAAGCAACAGCACGAGCGGAAGCUGUUUAAGCAACGACUUACAGGCAAAAUUGGAAAACUGCUCAAACCUUUUCACAGAAAAUACCAGUAACGAACCGGAAGUAAAUAAUGCCUCGGUUAAAGAAGAGACGCGUGAAUCAGAUGUCGAAAAGUCACUAUUGAUACCGUUAGACAUACCAGAAUGGAAGCAAUCAGAGCUCAGUCAAGAACAGAACGAACAGAUUAAGGAGGCCCCCUCAAAGCCCGAUUCAGCUCAAGAUCUGAGUACCGUAGGCGGUGUUAGUGUAGAAGCGGCCAUAGCUGAGCAAGACGGCGUAGUUGUGGCUAGUAGUCAGAACGGCUCUACGGAGCCAUUGGAGUUACAAUAAACACUUGAAAUAGCUGAUUUGAGAAUAACACAUAAUUAAGAUAUACUAGAUGAUUGUGUGUCUGCCGCCAUGGACGCUGGCGGCCAGCAAAAUUCUAUGCUGUUGGAGAUACAAGCAUACAAUACUAAAGUAUGACAUAGAAUGAGAAAUUCAUAUUUUCCAUAUGUCAAAAGAACGACACAACGCAGCUUCAAUUUCAAUUGCUUCCUCUCAUGCGUAAGGCUUUAUUUUAAUUGUCUUUGCAUAACUCAGUGAAUGUUAGUCAGUUGUUUGUUUCCUUCGUAUUUAUGAUGAUUGAGCUAUGUGUUAACGAGAAGGGGUGGUUAUUUUAGGGGCGUUUGUCAGCUAUUCGCCUGGUGAGCUGCGAUAUCAACAUAUGAAAUAUAUACAUAUAUGUCAAAAAUAUUAAACCGCAUACAUUAUUAUGACUACGAUAUCAUAUGUAAGGCGCGAAUUAAGCUGUCGGUAAGGGCCACAGCGGACCUACAUAACGACAAAUGGCGUUGACUCAUAUUCCGACGGCAGCUAAAUUCAUUCCGACUAUCCUUACUAGCUUAUUGUAUAGAUAUACAUUGAAAUUUCUAAGUCAAUAAAACUAUGAAUAAACGGAA